AUGUUUUCGAAGCAGCGAGUGUUUGCCUUCGUUUUGCAGUUCCUGCACAGCAAUCUGCGCGGCUGCGGCUGUGGGAUGCUGCGUUGCACUUCUGAGUUGAAUUUGGAAUUCAUUUUGAAGAGUUUUGAUGUUGGAAAUGUUCGGAAUUUGAAUUUGCAACUCCGCGUGCGCGCAGUGAUCACCCUGUACGACUCGGAAGACACGCAGCGGACCAAGGACUACUACCGGGAGUUCAUGAGCUGCUUCACGCGCGACGAGGCAGCAGGAGAAACCAAAAUAACAAAUCCGAUUAAUCUUUUAUCUCUUUUGCUUUCUCAAAACGAGUUGGUCUUUCGUUGGCUGGGCGAGAUCCGCAGUGCGCAGGACGCCCAGGGCCAGCCGCCCGCUGCGGCGGAGACUCGACCGGAGCUCAAAAAGUCCUACGGCGACGCCCUCAGAGAAGUGCAAGACUUCUUCAUGCUGCUGAUGUCGCUGGUGGUGCUGCGGAUUACAGACGUGGAGGCGGCGGGCCAAAUGGCCGGCAACUUCUGCGCAGUUUUUAGAGCUUCAAAAGACCAGCCGGAGUUCAGGUUGAAGCUACUUAUGGGCCUCUACAACGUCUUCCCCCCUUCUUUCCCUUACCGCUUUCCCAUUUUUGUCGCCAUUUUGGAAUAUGCGACGGAGACCAAUUUGUUCCAUUUGCUGCUGCCCUACGUGAAAUAUAUAAACGAAUGGGCCAAAGACUGGAAUUUGGGGCCAGCAGCAAAGCGCCAGGUGUAUCUGAUGCUGGCCAACGGGCUGAAGAAGUUGGGGAAGACAGAAGAGGCUUAUGACUACCUCAAACGCCACGUCCAGUUCUUCCAGGGAGAAACUGAAGAAGUUUUGAACGACCCCGCCACGGUGGCUGCAGCAGUGGAGCUGGCGACGGACUCUGUGAAGAUGGGGGACAUUUUGUACUUCGACUCUUUGUUGAGUUAUUCUGCAAUUCAAAAUUUAAAUAAAACUGAACAUUCUUUUCUUUUCCAUCUUCUGCAAGUCUUCUGCAAACAGGGCCCUCAGCAGCUCGAAGAGCUCCUCGCCCAGCACCCCGAAAUGCUCGACAAAUACGGGCUGGGCCGCGAGGGCUUGCUGCAGAAGCUGCAGCUGCUGUGGGUGGCCUCCACGCUGCAGCGCCGGCGGCUCUUUUCCUUCAAACAGCUGAGCGACUUUUCGCAGCUGUCGGAGGCGACUGCGGAGCAGCUGGUGGUGCAGGCCAUUGGCCAGGGUUUGGUGGAGGCGAAGGUGGACCAGAUCAACAAGCUCGUCCACGUCCGAACUGCAAUUCAGCGCGAGUUCGGGCGCGCGCAGUGGGAAGAGGUGCUGGGCCAGCUGGAGCACUGGGCCUCAGCUGUACGUACACUCCGGCAGGCCAAGGAAAGCGUCAAACAUUCUGCACAACCUUCCGAAACAAUUCCAACUCCGGUGUCGACUCUGCAGUAA